CCGUCUCAGAUCUUUCAUUUUCCCCAAACACUCAGGCGGAGCUAACCAUCGAUUGUGAAAAUGUUGCGACACGGUGCACGAUUCCUCCUCAGCCGAGCUUCUGCCGCCUCCACGAGGUGGAGCCGCCAAUUGUCCACUGAUCUCCCUGCGGAGGAGAUCGGGGAUUCGAAAUUCAUUGAAACUUGGAAGAAAGCGAUGCCCAAUAUGGACCCUCCGAAAACACCUUCGGCUUACAUGGCUCCCCGGCCUCCGACGCCAUCCACUAUUCCCUCGAAGCUUACUGUGAAUCUUGUUCUUCCUUAUGAGUCUGCUUUGUCUGCAAAAGAGGUUGAUAUGGUCAUAGUCCCUGCAACUACUGGUCAAAUGGGUGUUUUGCCUGGCCACGUAGCCACAAUUGCCGAGCUAAAACCUGGGGUUUUAUCUGUCCAUGAUGGCAACGAUGUGACCAAAUACUUCAUUAGCAGCGGGUUUGCUUUUGUCCAUGCAAACUCCAUUGCUGACAUAGUAGCUAUCGAGGCAACACCACUGGACCAUAUCGACCCAGCUCUGGCCCAGAAAGGCCUUGCAGAUUUCCAACAGAAGCUCAGCUCGGCAACAACUGAUCAGGAGAAAGCCGAAGCACAAAUUGGUGUAGAUGUACACAGCGCACUUACUGCUGCUCUUGCGGGGUAAAUUUGCAGCCUAAUAAAGGGGAGUCUUCAAUCUCUUAAUGCUUUUUUCUUUUUUAUUAAUCUUGCUGCAUGAGUUGAUUCCUUUUGCUGAAGAUGAUUAUCAGUUUGUUUCGAAUGAAUAUCUGAGAGAAUCCUGUCCUCUUGCGAAAAGGAUUUCUCAAAUAAAUAUUAUGUCCAACACUUUUUGUCGACGAUGUUGUGGUUAGGUGCAAAAUCAAUGUCUCUUGGAAAACAUAAGCUUUCUUCUACAUGUUUUUGUAUGAAAAUUCAACUUUGGAGCAUUUA